AUGAAAAGAGCAAAACAUAAGAAUAAACGUAGUACAAAACAAACACCAACGAAAUUAAUCUCCACCAAUGAAAACUACCCAAUUCAUCCAUUAGACCUCCAUACGGUUCAAUUGACCUCAAACCCAUUGGACGACUAUCAAAGAUUAUAUUUCAGUGUGCUGUGUGAAGAAGAGAACAUGCUGCCCGAUUUCCAGGCAAAGAGAAGAAGUUAUAAAUCAUCCGCUGCUAAUUCCUUCCUUCAUCCACGAUAUAUUCCUAGAACCAACGUUGAUGAAGUGCCCAAUGAGUCCAUCCUUGAAUGUCUUGAGUAUUUACCCAUGGAGAAGGAAAAGUUUUUCAAAGCCUCUCAAUUGAGUCCAACAGUUUUUGAUACUUUUAAAAACACAUUGUGUCUGAAUGACACUACCAUCCCGAUUCAAGAGGAACAAACAACAAGUUCGUAUACAAGUUCAGACCCGGGUGUUUCAAUGAAGAGAACCGCAUCCACGUCUUCUUCUUCAUCGUCCUCCGGGAUGUUGGAAAUGACAUAUAAGAGACGGAAAUUGGAUGAUGGUACCACGAGAAAAUCAAUGACUAAUAAUAACUGCAUUCUAUGGGAACAUAGAUCUGGGUAUGUAUUUUUUACCGGUAUUUGGAGAUUGUAUCAGGAUGUCAUGCAAUAUAUGAUUGAAAUGCCAAGAAAGAAAUCGAAGGGAAGUAUACCGGCACGUAUAGAUUGUGAAAUUGAAUUGCAAUAUGCCAAGACAAGAGUAUUCAUGGAAUAUCAAUCACCUUAUGAGGAUAAAAUCGGUUCUUGUUUAUUCAGUAAUACCAGUACUAAUACUAGUAAUAAUGAAAAAUUAAUACCCGGUGUUAAUGGGUCCAAUUCAGAAUAUAUCCAAAAUAGAAUGACUUCAACUCAUAAGGACUUCCAUUGGAAUAAUUUACCACCCAUUUUAAAGGAGCAAGCCAUUAAUCAUUUUAGAAACAUCUUACAAAUGGAAAAGGGUAUCACUAGCGAUUACCUUGCCUCAAUGAAGGAUUGUGAUUUUUGUCAGAGAAUUAGAGGUGGUUACAUCAAGAUUCAAGGAACUUGGUUACCCAUAGAAAUGGCAAAAUUAAUAUGUACCAAAUUUUGCUUCCCGAUAAGAUAUCUUCUAGUGCCUAUAUUUGGUAAUGAUUUCCCCAAGAUUUGUCAAGAAAAUUACAAUGAAUCUCAUAGGGGAUCUAGAUCACCCGUAAGGAAACCAUUAAAUGGAAGUUCAUCAACAUCACCAAGAACAACAACAAUAACAACAACACCAAAACUUUUAAUUGAUGGACAUAGACAAAAUUCAAAUCCAUUACCUCAGAGAGACUUUCAAUCAUGGUCAAUGAAUAAAGAACACACAAACAUGUACUCAAAUUUUCCAACACCUAACCACUUAAUUGGUCCAUCAACUAAACAUAUGCAUUCAUUAGGCGCUAAUAUCAUUAGAAAUAACGAAUUGUUACCACCAAUACAUUCCAUGGUGAAUAUUCCAAAUCGAACGGCAAUGUAUAGGGAAAGACCAGCGUAUUUCCCACCACAAAACUCAUUAACCACCAUGCUGCCGAGACCGGCAACCCAACCAAACUUGCAAAUGGCUGCCAUGCAACCAGCUAUACCUGUCAAUUCAAUGUAUGUGCGUCAUAAAAUACAACCACAACCAACACAGAUGUUCCCACAACCGUUCAAUAAUGAAAAUCCGAGGGGGGUUCAAUUUCUGCGAAGAGAAUCCACAGGAAAUAUUGGCAUAGUAAGGACUAAUAAUAAUAAUAAUGUUACUAAUGAUCCCAUUCAAACAGGUUAUAGAGUCGUACCGAUGCCAGUAGUAGUACAAGGUCCUGCACCAAAUAAUUUACCAAUGUAUCCACCAUAUGUGUCAUCGAACGUCGUAUAUGGAGCAUACCCUGCAAAGCAACCAAUUCCAGAAUACCCACCUCCAAGUAACAUUAAUAACAACAUUUUAAAUAUUCCACCCAAGAAUCAAUUCCCCGCCAAUGGGAAUCCAAAUAACAACAAUUUUUAA